AGGUAAGUGCACGAAGUCAAGGCGAUUGUACGCAAAGAUAUCGCACGUGUACUGAUUUAUUGCCAUUAGUGGCGAUUUAAGUGUUAAGAAAAACGAGUCUGUGAUAAAUGCACAUCCUUCAUGUAUUAACAUUAGUAAAUAGAGUUAAUAUGGCGACCGUACUAUGCUUGCAGAUGUUAAGUUACCCUGACUGAAGGCGGUGUGGAUAGGACGAGCGCGCUAGUUGGUGUGCGGAGGAGGGCGAUUUACAAAUGAAGACCAAUUGGCUGUCCACAAACAUGAGAUGACACUAAAGUUUGGUCCAGCAAGAGGCAACAGUGUCAUAGUAGCCGACCAAACGCGAACACCUGUACGCUUUUUGAAGAACUGUGAGGAAGUUGGACUCUUCAACGAGGUUACCAGUCCUAUGGAGCAUUACUUCAAAAUAACUGCUGUGGAUGACAUCAAAAAGAUGCCCUUGGAUUUGUCGCCUCUUGCCACACCGAUGAUCAUACAAAACAAAAUUGAGGACCACUCAGCUGUGGCGGCACAUCGGGACGGCCCUCUGCCCCAUCCGGAAUCUACAACAAGGGAUGACAAGCCGUCCUCACUGCCAAGCUCUACUAUAGUCCAUCCUGCAUCCCUCCAAGUCCCCAAUGUACUUCUAKCAACCUCAGACGCUAGUGUUGUUAUAGAGCAAGCUCUCGCAUCGCCAACAUCUAGCUCUGUAAUUACCCAAGCCUCAUCCUCUAAAAGGCCAAUAGUUCUUCUCUCUUUCCMUGUACUCUUUCAGCUGCCUAAUGGACAGACCAUGCCCRUCGCUAUCCCAUUAACCAUCGCAUCCAGUGUACACAUUCCAACCGCCGUUCCUGUCGGGGGUCAGCGCUCCAUGCUCUGGAUCGCACGUACGGCGUUGAGGCGGACCUGCACUUGUCGCCAGUCUGGGGCUGCCUGGAUGACGCGUCACUACCUGAGCACUUGUCGUGGAGUCUCUGAAACCAGUACUGAGCCAGCAGCUCCCUCAGGUCACAACCAGAGGAUGCUGACCCAUCACCUGUCCCUCCCCCUGCCCCGCCUGAGGAACCCUGCCCCCAGCCCCUCCAUCAGCCUGCCACCUCCACCGCUGUGUUUUGGUUCUGAUGUGUGCUGCUCAUUCUGGUCUCUAUACCAGGCGUCCGAGGCGCCCCCUGCCCAGCACACUACAACCACAGGGGGCCGGCAACGCAGAGCCACCAGCGAAGACCCAGACGAGAAGAGGCGCAAGUYCCUGGAACGCAACCGAGCAGCGGUGUCCCGCUGCAGACAGAAGAGGAAGGCCUGGGUGUCUACCCUGGAGAAGAAGACUCAGGACCUCAACUCUAUGAACGGACAACUACAGAAUGAAGUCACCCUGCUGAGAAAUGAAGUGGAUCAGUUGAAGUAUCUUCUGGCUCAUAAAUAUUGUCCUGUAGCCGCCAAGAAGAAGAAAUCUGCCUAUCACACGUCUGAGGAGGACAGCUAUGAGGAGAUGUCAGUCCCAGACAGCCUUCAGAGCGAGGCCAUCUAGCACAGCUCCGUCAGCAUAUCCAACGGAGUCAGCUCCUCCUCCAUGACCCCUGCGGUCUCCGCCCUCGCUUCGGCCCCCGUCCCAAUCAGAGCAGCCCAGAGCACAGAGGAAGACCAGCCACAGGGGGGUGCUGCCCUGUUCACCACACAGACUCAGCCCUCGGGAAGCUGAUCAAGCCCACCCUCACUGGGGAAAGGAACUCUCACCCCGCUUCAGUUUGGACUAUACUGUUUCCUUUCUGUUUCUUUUGACUUUUAAAACUUGUCUUAUAAAACAAUGGAUUUUUAAUGGUGAGCGAGCGUUGCGCCUUUUCCUGUCUUUUGAUUUUCUUGAAAUGCAACGUUCCUGAAAAGCACAACAUGAUAGUUUGUGGAAAAUUGGUAAAUAUGCGAGAGAACAAAUCAUUUUAGGAAAUUGUUGUUGAAAAUGGAACUGAUUGUCUAAUUCUCUUGUAUUUAUUUAAUUUAUUGACUGUAUACCCAUACUUUUUGUUUUGGACCUCUGCGACCUAUGAAGUUGUAAUGACUCAAUCAGUGCAAUGUCAAUGAGACUUUACCAAAAGUGUAUUGUGGCUCGCCUGGAAUGUAUUUGGUUUUUAAUGUCCCUUUAUAAGUAUCUUUAUGAAGAGACGUAAGAAACUUUUAUUGUUUUGCCUUUUCCAUUUUGCACAUAAUGAAAGAUUAGGGUUUACGUUUUGUAGUGUUUGACUGUUCAUGCAAAGUACUGGCAGUGUUGAGGUAGAUUUAAAUACCUGUCUCAUUACAAAACUUCAGUGAUUUGAUUAGAUCUGAACAGGCAACUUUUUUUUGUGAGUAAGUUCGCUGCAUCUGCCGGUAGCAUAAUGUGGUUUGAAUGUUCAGAGAUUCCUCCACUUGUAAAAUAGUCUUCUUCGGGGGGAGCUUGGGUAGAAUUCUGUGUAUAUUCUUUAACCAACAUUCCAUCUGUUGUCUGAUUGUUCCAUGAAGCAGUGAUUGUAGGAAUGCAGUACAUUUUACAUUACACAAACAUGUUGAUGUUGACUUAACCAUGUGCCAUUACAGUUAUUUAUCACACGGGGCGUUUCAAUGUACAUAAUUGCUUGGUAUAGAGAUAUCAUGCUUAUGAGUAAUGUUUCUGCUUACGAAGUGACAGUCUAUUGCUUUCAUGUUCGACCCUGAACACUCUUGGGAAAUAUUAGUUACUCCUUGAGAACAGAACAUGACACUUUUAGGAAACAUUAUAAAUAACAUUAUUACCUUUCCAGAUGUCAUGAUUUGUUUUUUUUAUAGAAUAGUUUUAAUCUUUUAUCCUAAUAAGAAUUCUUUUUAAUUAUCAAUGAAAGAUCAACCUUUUAUUGGCCUGCUCGUCUGUUGUUGUACAGUACCUUUAAAAACAUUGAACCACAUACCGCCACGCCAGGAACUUAACGAGGAAUCCAGCAUGUAUGUUUUUAAGUUGAACUAAUACUGCUUUUAGGCAUAGUGACACGAUUAUUUUAAAUCAAAUGGCCUGCUCUCAAGUAUUGGCUUACCAUACCAGGUGGUGAUACAACCGGUCAGGAUGCUCUCGAUGGUGCAGCUACUGUGUAGUUUUGAAGAUAACUUUAUUCAGGUUUUAGUCAUUUAUCUGACACUCUUAUCCAGAGCAAACUGACAGUUGUGAAUGCAUUUUUGUUUUUCUUCAUUCUGGUCAGUAAUCCAGAUCAGUACUCUCACGUUGCAAGCACUACGCUCUACCAACUGAGCCACACAGGAGCAGGUUUCAUCUGUUCCUCAUUUAAAGUACUCUCACUGUUGUGUGCUCUCUCUGCAUGAUUAAAUCAUUAUUUUUUAAGAGAAUUAAACUGUUAUUAAAUAAUGUCUCAGUCAAGAAGUAACAUUGAACAUGUUUCACCUUGAGUUGUAAACUAAAUGGUCCUAAUUUUAUAAAAUAUUUUGUCCAUUGUUUUACCUCUGCUUAACUGAUUAAAAGGUGUGUGAAAUUGUGUUGGCAGUAAACUUGUAAAAAGUAUGUAGCAUCUGUGGUAAGGCAUUCCUUAGCUCAGGAGAACUUAGGUUGUGAA